AUGCUAUUCAAACCGGCUACAACUCACUGCAACAUGCCAGAACUACGCAGGAAGAAGGAAGAGCACAUGUACAAGGACUUUGCUAACAACGGAUAUCCCAGCAACUUCAUCCGCAGGUGCCUACUCGAUAGACAAUGUCUGUAUGAUAACCAGCCAGCUCGGCGAGGAAGCCAACAACCUCAAAUACCCGAAAUGGCUAUCAGCAGUAGCCAUACAAAUUGGUGGAAUUUGGUAGUGAAGACUUCUCAAGUAAAAACCAGUUCAGAAGAUGAGUCUUCGUUACUUGGGCUAUCAAAAAACAAUAAAAAGAAAAACAACGAUAAAGAUACAGGAACUUUAAAGGAAGCUUUGGCAUCUCAAAAGUUACAUUUGGUCGAACAACUUCUAAAUUCAGGCCUAGAUGUUGAAACACGUUUUGGUUUUGGUUGGACGCCGUUGAUGUAUGCUGCAAGUAUAGCAAACUUUGAAAUUACUCGUCUCCUUCUCAAUAGAGGUGCUAAUGCAAGUUUUGCAAAUGGAUCAAACAUUCCGCUGGUAGCUGUCAUGAUUAAAAUUACUGAUCCUGAUGACCAACGGAAAAUUUUGGAAGCAGUUUGUGAAAUGCAGCCAGAAGAUCUACAAGUUGCUCAGUUACCUUCACUGGACAAUUUUGAUUGCAGCAGUGAAGAACUUACAAAAUUUUUGAUAAAGCUGAAGAAACACUGUGGUCAUUUAAAGUUAACAGUUCAGAAUGUGGCUAACCAAUUAUCAACCAAUUCAGAACUGAGAGUACUGGAUGUGGACCCUGACCAAAAGUCUGCUUUGGCCUGUGAUGACCUGGUUAAAUGUAUUCAGGAUCUGGAUAAAGAAGUGCAAAGGUUGAGAAAUCUUCUUCUGAAGUUGCAGAAUGACCAAGAGCAAGCUCCCAGUCGGGUACCAGCAUUGCAAAGUUACUUCCGUCCCAAUCAAUUCUUGAAGAAAGUAGCAAUUGGGCUCUUUGGAACUGGAUUUAUUUAUUCCCUCAUAAAACUACGUGUUCUGAGAAAUUAAGCUGGAAAUUAAAGUUUUCUUUGAUUUUUGGUUUUACUUAUUUGAAAGAUUUUUGUUUCUUGGCAUCAAUCUGCUUAUAGAAGAGUGCUACUAUUUUCCAAUAACUGUAUUUUUGUUGAAGUUAAAACAAUGGUGCCAUUUAAAAGAACACUUGAAUUACUGAUACUGUAUCUGAGAUGGAAAUACUUGUAAAUAAUUGUUGUUAUUCUG